CACAAAAUAACAAAAAUGUGUUUUUAAAUCUAUUAAAAAAUUAACAUUCCAGGAGAAUCAAUAUUUAUAUUAUUAAUAAAACAUAACUUUAUUUGACAUGUUAACAACUCAAUGUUCAAUUGGUAAUAAAAUAUUUGUAGACUACAUGAAAUUGAAUAUUGUGUAUAUCUUUAGAACCAGUUAAAAGUCAAAUUAAAAUUUGGCGCUCAUUUUUUUGGCAAGUAUUAAAAUGGAAGUCGGAAAAAUGACUUCAAAAUCGCGAUUGGUUAUUAGUUAGUAAUCUCAGCCAAUCGUCGCGACGAAAUGUAUUUCUUACCGUUCAGAAGUCUGUUGCUAUUUGUUAUUUUCGACGCGGGAUUUCUCUUCGCGAUGUUAAAUCGUGGUACUUGAAGACGAUCCUAAAGAAGGAAUAUUCUAGAGAAUUCUGUAAAAAUCGAAUAUAUAUGAAUAUCGCUCAAAGAUUUUAUUAGAUAAUUGAUAUAUCUCCAGCAUUAUAAGCGAACGUUGUAGGUGCAAUUGGAUUGGACAUAUACGCAGCCUCAAUAGUCUAAUUGUUUUUUGGCGGGGUCACAUCUACUCUUUGACAUUACUGGUUAUUGGUUACAACCGUUAAUUGCUGAACUGUGUUGUCUAUAACGUUAGGUUAACGGAAAGAAGGGGAAGGUAAGGAAGGCAUAAAAAGGCGAGUCAAAUGGCCGUUGUUUCACGUGGUCCAUGAUGAUGCCAUUCUCAAGGUAGCAAAACAGGUGAAGAAGAGUAAGGUAAACAUUUUUCCCCCUUCUUUCUCCCUCAAACGUUUUUCUAGAAGUAUUCUCUUUCGCUCAGUUAUCGCGAAAAAAAUCGGCACUUUCCUUUUGGAAAAUUGAUUCUACGUUUUACGUAAUCAAAAUGUUUAGCGACUUCAGAUCUCUUUGAUCGUGGGGAUCCGUUCAGUCUUUGAUCUCGCGAAUACUGAAGAUCGAGGGAAGUUAGUCAGCCGAACUGUUCUCGAAACGUCUUAUAUACCGGUUAUCUAUAAGAUCGAUACUGAUUUAUAAUCGUCUCUUCCAUAUCUUUUGUUCUCGGUAGUUACACUACUGUACUGGUACAAUAAAUUAGAAUGAGAAAAAAUAUAUUUGUCUUAUUCUAACUUAUUGUAGCAGUGCAGCGACCAAGAACAGGCCUAUUAUUUUGGCGUUCAUGCAAUAACAUGUCUUGCCGUGAAAUAUUUUCAUGGAAUUUUCACGCAUCUCGCGUUGCUUGGUAUGUAUUCAAGACUAAAUCUUUUCGUAAAGAACAAUUUUUUGAUCGAAAUGAAAGCAGACCUAUAUUCCAGUAAAACAUUGAUCUAAUGUGAAAUUAACGAAUUAUAAAAAUUAAUAAGAAAACAAAAAGAAAAGACGUUUCUUUUGCAUAUUGCAGCAUAAGAUUUAUUUACUUAUUUUAGUUUUGUAUACCUCGUUUAUUUUAAUUUUUUGUGCUUUACUCGAUUGUAAUAAAGAUUGAUAAGAAUUUAUAUACUUAUUAUUUAUCAAUUCUUAAUUAUUUUAUUAAUAUUAAUAGAAAAAAUAAAUUAGCUAUUAUAAAGUUUAUCACUAAAAUACAAAAAGGUUAGAAUUGCCAUUCAAACUGUAUUUGUUACAAUUUCUUUUCUUUGAUUUAUUUCAUUCUUUUUUUUAGAAAAUAUAAAGAGAGUGACACUAAAUUGGGAUUUAUUCUGUGAAUAGAGGAUACAAGAAGAAAAGAAUAUUUGACAAUAUUUAACAUUGUACAAGGUAGUGUAGAGAUAAACUAAUGUAAAAUUUAUUUAUAAAACAAUUAGAUGUUUUGUAGAUAUAUGUUUUUAGCAACACAUUGAACAGUAAUGUCAGCUAGAGGGAUGUCAAAACGGGCGCAGGAGCCCAUGGACCAGUGGCUGGCAAAGGAAGGUUACUUCAGGAAACCUACUCCUAGAGAUCCGACUUGUUUGUUCAGGGCAAUCAGUGAACAAGUGUAUCAUACACAACAUUAUCAUCUACGAGUAAGAAAAGAGUGUACGGAAUUUAUGAAGAAAAAGAGACACUUGUUCUGGGAUUCUGUACCAACAUCAUUUGAUUACUAUCUUAAUGAAAUGAAAUGUUUUACGGAAUGGGGAGGCAUGCUUGAAAUUCAAGCUAUGUCCUUGCUGUAUAAAAGAGACAUAAUUGUAUUCAGUGGAGAGAAACAGAUAUGUGAAAAUAUCACUAAUAAUAGCUUUAAGAAAGGAGUUUUGUUACUUUGUCAUACUGAACCGAAGCAAUAUGAGCCCGUUUACCCGAUGGCAUUUGUACAAUCAGCUGCAUAUUGUCAAUCUAUUGUGUAUGAAGUUGUAUAUAGGUAUAUGUAUCAAAUACCUAACGUAAAGACUGUUGCGGAUAGAAUGUUAAACAACCGAACUCCUGCACUUAGACAUGACAGAUUUUUCCAGAAAGGAAAUCUAGACAUUAGAGAGCAAUUGAUUGAAGAUUUAUAUAAAAAAGUAAAAAAUGAACAUAGUGACACAGACGAAACGCAAUCCGACUGGAAGGGAGCACCACCUAUUCCUUAUAAAGUUGCAAAGGCGUUGGCUCCCGAUUUUUAUCGCAAUAUAGAGUUAGACAUAUGGCAUGAAUUGAAACGAGAGGUAAAAUCUGCAGGCUGGAACAGAUACAACAAUAAUGAGCUUCAAGUUGGCGGAAAAUGUCUGAUAGAGAUUAACAUAAAUGAUCUAGAGCAAUGUGACAGAAAUAACAACAAAAAUCUGCAUCUUAAUUUAUCAGAAUGUGGUAAUGAGAUUAGCAAUAAAAUUGAUCAACAAAAGUUAAAGCAGGGAUUUCUUUGGCUUCAUGGUUAUAUACAGGAAAUGAAUUCAAAGAAGGAUCCAGUUUUAGUCUUUAUCAAAGAUCUGGGAGAGAAAAAAUUUGUUCCAUACGAUGCUCUGAAGCCAUUACCUUUAAUAAGAAAAAAUAAGCCCAAAAAUUUGAUACCAAUUAAUAGAAAUCAUUCUAUUACUUCGGAUUCAGAUCGACGAUGGAAAAAAUCAUAUAAUUCUUUUUCCCGAAAGAGAAAAGAUCAUACCAUAACGAAUGAAACACAAAAUGACACAAACAAAAAUUUGUUAACAAAUAACGACAGUAAUAAUGACGUUGAUAAUAUUAAUACAAAUAAUAAAACUGGAUUUAAUGAACAUCAUGAUAAACUUCCUAAAGCAGAUGAAAACCUAACAUUAGAAAAACAUUCUGCAGAAAAUUCAUCUAAUCUUGUGACAAAUGAAGAUGCUAAAACCUUAACUGCGGUUACAUUUGACAAUCAUUCUCAUUCACAAUCCACAGUAUCUAGCAAUGUAAUGCACGAGAUAACGGAAUGUAAAAAACCUGAUGUAGUAUUUAAAAGGGCAAAUAAUACUACUAGAAACAAGACUGCAAUAAAAUCUGGUAAUUUUGGUCACAGUCCUCAGAAGUCGAGCUCGAAACCAAAAGUAUUAAAUGAGAAUUAUUUUCUACCUUACAAUGGUAACUCACAAGCAAACAUGUGUGGCAAUCCAAAUGUUUCGUAUGUUGUCCCAGAAAACAUAUAUUCCUGUUAUUCAUAUGUACCGGGAAAUUUUCCCGGAGAACACAAUCCGAACCAAGAUCAUUCUUUCACAUCGAAUGCUUUUUAUAACUUACAUUUGGAGGACACUUUCCAUGGUUUAAAUCCAACCUAUUAUGGACCCGUCGUGUAUGGACCAAGUCAUCAAGCCAUGCAAUCUUUAGGUGCACCAUCGAAUGCUCAUACUCCAUGCAUGCAAGAAGAAAUAGAUCGUCUUGUUAAUGACAUGCAAAAAUGUUCAUUAACGUGCAACGAGGGAGCAACCGUCAAUGCUGAGAUUCCAAAUGCAUUGCAUAUAAACAUGAAUAGUAUGCAAAAUGCAAAUCAGUCAAAGCAAGGGAAAAAUUUGAAUGGAAAAGACUCCACAUAUCAGGUUCCCCAGAAAGGAAAACAAACUGCAACUAUUAAAGGCAACAAGAUACGAAACCGCCAACAAAAUGGUUGCGGACCAGCGUACAUGCAAUAUUCGGCUCAUGAGUACGGUGCAAUGAUUUCAAAUGGUUCCGUAAAUCCGUAUGACCCGCGAAGGCAUGACAUGCACAUGCUACAGUUACAGCAACAUCACGGGGACCCGAUGUCGCUUCAGUUAACACCUGUGAUAGCUGGUCCAGCGAACGGUUACGCAUUGCCGCAGUAUAUAACUCCGAAUCCGAUUUUUCCGUAUCACGAGCUUCCACCACAGUAUACAAACGAAGGCAGUUCGGGAACUCCCUUGUACUAUUUUGGAAAUGGUAGUUACAUGUCUACGCCAUGCUUGUCACCUCAGCAUGUUGAAACAGCUACUGAGAAUGGAGCUGUAGCUCCAUCGUACCCACAGCACUUUUAUUCCGCGACCGAGGCUUAUCCAUCAAAUCACUCGUUAACAAACUGUCAACCGAUGAUUUACUCUCAGCCGAUGAUGUAUCCGCAGUCGAUGCAAUACCACGCUGUAACGCCGCCAUCGUCACACGUCCAAGAACAAUGGAGCCCGACAUUGGGGUCUCAGCCCUCUUAUGUUUCCCAAUGCAUAGCUCCGACUCCAGGUUCAAUCGUAGAACCGUCUCCUAACGGACAAUGUACCAUUCCGAAAGGUUCACUUUAGAUCACACAAUUUAGAUAUUCUGAAGACUGAUAAUUAUAAGAUCAAAUUUUACUACAGUAACAAUCAAAAACAGUAUUAAUAGUUAAUGACGUGUGUUCCAUUCGUUGAAAAUGAUAUUCUAAAGACUAAUAGUAAUUAUAAAAUAAAAAGCUCAUUAUAAUAAAUACUGAAACAUGAAAAGUAACUAAAACUCGGACUAUUAGAAAAAAAUCUGCUAUUUUGAAAAAGCAACUACAGAGCAAAGUAUAUACAUUGAUUACUUGCGAUUCUCAUUAAAAGUCGAGACGAACUCGUUUCCUGUGUGAUUUUCCAAUGUUCCAUGUUAUACGAAGUAUAAAAUGUUUAAGAUGUAUACUACUUUCAUCUAUGUGAGCUGCAUAAACAAAUUUAUAUAACAGAUAAUGUAAAAGAGAUGUAGUUACAUGGCGCAGCUAAUCUAUAUCAAUGUUAAACAAUUUAAAUAGACAUUCGAGACUUUUAUAGGACUUAAUUGAAAAAGACAUAUGUAUGUACGAGACUGAAAUUCAUCCAGAGUCUCACCAUUAUUUUUAGCACAUGAUGUAAUUAUAAGUUUCAUUUGAAAAAAAAACCAGUAUGUAACAUGUAACGGCAGACUCUUAAACUAAUAACAUUUCUAUUCCGUUUGCUUUGCAGAAAUGUUUCACAUUUGAUUAACGAUGUUUAUCGGUAUUUAAAAAUCAUUAAAGAGUACCUUUAUUAUUGAUUAUAAUUACUCUACAUAUCUCUUAAUAAAAUACCGACAAAAAUUGUAAACAAAGUGAAUAAUGUCUUCAUUGGAGUAAAUUGCGUAUUUCUAUUUCUAUUGAAAUUAUCAAUAGGCUCUAUUAAUAUUAUGAUUAUCAAGCCUUAACAAUUAUAUUAAGUCUCGCUCAUUAUUUUUGAACUUAUUGAUAUAAAAAAAUAUCCGUACUUAUUCUAUGAAUAUUUAAGAAUUGAUAUAUAACAUAAGUUAAGAUCUUGUAAUCCGUUAAUAUAAUAUUAAGUUUACUAAAGUUUCUCAACAUUUAUACAAUUUUUUACUUAAUAUUAACCUUUAUACAACUUUUGUUAAAACCUUUUGCAAAUAAAUAAUGCAGAAAGAGAUUAACCAUC